UCACUGAUCAAUACUCCGCCGGCUUCCUUUGCGCUUUCUCGCCUGACUUUCUGCUUGCCCUUUGGCAGCCAUGGCCAUGUUCCAAUCCUUCGUCCUCUCUCCCAAGUCUCUCUCGAUUUGUUGGGCAAAAGAAUCCAACUACUGGACGGUGUCUCCUAUGCCCAACUCACGGUUCCUGCAGAAGGCAGUUCUUUUAGAGGUCUGCUUUCUGCAGAUCGGGGGCUCCUUCGACACAGCAAUGCUCGACAAAGAUACCACAUACUCAGUACUGUAUUUAUUCAAACACAAUUACCCGGCAAGAGGUCUGGACACGCCGGCGGAGGUCUCCCUGUCGCAGAAAGAUGGGCAGAAGAUCUGCCGCCGGCAAGUGUAUCUCUUCCCCGGCAGCCCCGACCUCAUGCAACGGGAAGGAGAGGAAUGGCUGGCACUCGAGGCGGGGAGGUUCCAGCCCUCUGUCGUUAGCCGCGAGAUCAGUUUUAAUCUGCUGGAUGACAGUGAACAAUGGAAGAGCGGCCUCGUGUUUGCUGGGGUGGAGAUUCAUGCUGUCUCAGAAGAAUAAGUCUCGACACAAUUGAUCUUGCGUUUCGAUUGACAAGCGGUUCCCAGAAUGAGAAUUAUAUAUGAGCGGCAGCUUCGGGUUGGGGGAGUCCUGUAAAUCCAUUUGUGCUUAUCGACGGGUCUAUGGCGUGUUGUGUUUCUAUGAUUGUAAUAAAGUGCAUGGAUGUGCAGAUCCAUAUUGCA